CUCAUUUCCGGGUAAGAAGGAGUCUCGGAAGGAGGAUGCCUUUGGAUCCUAACCACCACCUUUGAGUUCGUCUCCGAUGGCCAUCAGUACAGGUGAGCACUGACCGGUCGGAGAGGUGAGCACUGACCGGUCUCCGACCGGUCAGUGCUCCGACUCCAUAUCAUGAUAAAGGCGGCCACGAUGAUGUCUGGGCUGGAGCAGAAGCACUCGGAGGUCAGCAAUCAUGGAAUUGAUCCAUCGGCAGCCUCACCGUUGUUUUUGGUUCGUUUCUCAUGCAGAUCAGCUGCCUGAUGUACCGCUUGUCCGCACUGGACCCCUCAGAUCUCUCAUCACACGUAUGCCCAAAGGCAGCAUACAAACCCUGAACACACACUCUGCUGCUGUCCGUUUGUUUGUGUGACGGAAUAGGACUGUUCCCUCCACAUGAUCGCUGCGCUGGAUCAGUACGCCAAGCUGAGGGCCACGCUGAAGGCGCUUGUCAAGUCGGCCACCUUUCCUGCGCCACGCACUGACGCAUCGGUCAGCAAAACCAACACACGAUACUCGCGAGUGAUUCGCCAAUCGUGUGUCGCCAACCGCGUGUCUGGUGUGCUGCUCUGCCUCGGUCAGGCCAAGUUGGAGGACCUCCCAGCUGACGCCAUGGGCCGCCUGCAGACAUCCACAGACCUGACGAGCGUCGGGCGCCUCAAGACGACUGCUCGACUGAUCAAGAGCCACAUCCGAGAUGCCCUCCGCAGCCGGCUGACCGACGCCACCGACAAGGCGGGCCUGAGGGGCGUGGUGCGGUUUGCUCCUCAGCUGGGCGACGGCGGUGCGCUGAAGGCGCUGUGGCUGAUGGAGGAGGGGGGCGACUGGGGGGAGGUGGGGGAUGGGCUGCGGUUUGCGGGGCAGUCUGGCUACUGCCAGCUGCCCAUCACCAUCGAUGCGAGAGACCUGCAGAAGCACGACACAAAGACGGUCAGCACCUCACACAAGAGGAGGAGAAUCGGCUGCAUCGUUCUGUAUGUGUAUAUGUAUGUGUGUGUUUUAGGCCUACGUGUCGAUGCCCCGUGUGGCAGCCCAGUGGAUGAUUGUCGGGCGCCAUGUCGUCUUUCGUCGCCGUGAUGGUCAGCAGGACGGCACCUUCGAGCUGUUCCGCGACCCCACCACCAACGAGAUUCGGGCAAUCCGCGACGAGCCGGACUUCGCCGUCACUCUCAAUCCUCCCCUCUCCACUGAUCACGUGCACCCCCUGCAGCAGCACCCCUUCCAACAGCACCUGAAGCGCGACGACCCGCCCGUCCGGUCGGCCAUCGGGUACACUCUCCACGGACAAGGCGGCUGGGUGGCAAUCGGACUCGAGUACGCCGAGACGUCUGUGAGCACCUUUAUUGUGGACGUCAUCAUGUAUUAUCACUCUUGUACGCACAUCGAUGUCCACCACAUCCACGGCAUACAGAUGGAAAUCGAUUGGUGGGUACUGUGCUGUGGGGGAACGAACGAGAUGGAGAAGUGGGGUGUUCUCCGUCUGUGUGUGUGUGUUCGUAGUGGUGUUCGGGGUGGUUAUCUGGACACGUUGCUGACGCGAUCGCCCCACACGCCGCUGGAGGGAUGCUCAGCCGUCGUGACGACCGAGGAAGUGCCCGUUGGAAGUGCAUAUCAGACUCAUCUGCUGACGGCAUUCGACGACCCCUUUAUAGCAUGGGUUCAAUUCAGAGUCCGUCUUGAUCACCAUCAGACCGGUGAGCGGAGGGAGUGGGAACGGGGAAAGGAAACGGCGUCGCGCAAGCCGGCCCCCUUGUCUCUCUCUGUGUCCUGUGGCAGUGACUGCCGUUCUGGCGACGACAGAGCAGCCGGUGGGCAGCCCUUACGACGCCUUCCCCGUCAGGCACCCGCAGACCACAGCCAGGGCUCGGCGGUCCCUCGGCUUCAUCGCGCCCGUCUUUCUCGAUGGCCAGACGCCAUAGACGGCAUGAUAGAUACCACACGGUCAGAGAAACAUGAUUGAGGAGACGUGACACAUCAUUCGUCUGGGUGCUUCCCUCUGUCUGCAGCGUUGGCGAUGCGGCUGGCUGGCUGCAGAGCGCACCGGUGUUUGUGUGUGUAGCGGGGGGGGGAUAUGAAUAGAUGGAUGGGGAGUGAUACACAUGUGUGUGUACAGACAGACAGACAGACGGGUUGGUUGGUUGACGUAAGUGUGCAUAUGUUACCCUCGUUGGCGCAUCUGGGGACUGACUGCAUGAUCGAUCCAUCUGCUGUCACGAUUGAUGGAAUGUGAUGGUACCAGGACAGCUACAUGUAGAAGUGCAUCUACCGCACAGAAA